UAAGGAGGGGGAGGGGGCUGGCUGUUUUUCUGGAGAGUUAGAGCUGGAGUGAGACAAAGCAAGGCCGGCGGGCUGGGCUGGCGGGCGCCAUGGAGCUGCGGUCCCAAGUCCUGCUCUGGAAACUUCUGCUUCUGCAGAGCUCUGCUGUCCUUCUAUCUUCAGGGCCAUCUGGGUCCUCAACAGCGGGCAGCUCCGUGGUGUCCGAGUCCGCAGUGAGCUGGGCGGCUGGAGCCCGGGCCGUGCUGCGCUGCCAGAGCCCGCGCAUGGUAUGGACCCAAGACCGGCUGCACGACCGCCAGCGCGUGGUGCACUGGGACCUCAGCGGUGGCCCCGCCGGCGGGCCCGCGCGUCGACUUGUAGACAUGUACUCAGCGGGCGAGCAGCGCGUGUACGAGCCGCGCGACCGCGGCCGCCUCCUGCUGUCGCCCUCCGCCUUCCACGACGGCAACUUCUCUCUGCUCAUCCGCGCGGUGGGGGAGACAGACGGGGGUCUGUACACCUGUAACCUGCACCACCAUUACUGCCACCUCUACGAGACCCAGGCCAUCCGCCUGGAGGUCACUGAUAACCCCCGGGCCGCCAGCGCGCACUGGGACGGCGAGAAGGAAGUGCUGGUGGUGGAGCGCGGCGCGCCCGCGCUGCUGACUUGUGUGAACCGCGCUCACGUGUGGACCGACUGGCACCUGGAGGAGGCGCAGCAGGUGGUGCACUGGGACCGGCAGCCGCCCGGGGUCCCGCACGACCGCGCCGACCGCCUGCUCGACCUGUACGCAUCGGGAGAGCGCCGCGCCUACGGGCCACCCUUCUUGCGCGACCGCGUGGCGGUGGAGGCGGACGCCUUUGCGCGCGGCGACUUCUCUCUGCGCAUCGACCAGCUGGAGCCAGCCGACGAGGGCACUUACUCCUGCCACCUGCACCACCACUACUGCGGUCUGCACGAGCGCCGCGUCUUCCACCUGAAGGUCACCGAGCCGGCCCCCCAGCCGCCCCCGCGGGACUCCCCAGGCAACGGCUCCAGCCACAGCAGCGCCCCCGCCCCAGACCCCACGCUUGCGCGUGGCCGGAACGUCAUCAACGUCAUAGUCCCGGAGGGCCGAGCCCACUUCUUCCAGCAGCUGGGCUACGUGCUGGCCACUCUACUGCUCUUCAUUCUGCUGCUCAUCACCGUCAUCCUGGCCACCCGGCAGCGCCGCCGAGGAGGUUACGAAUACUCAGACAAGAAGUCCGGGAAAUCAAAGGGGAAGGACGUGAACAUGGCAGAGUUCGCUGUGGUCACAGGGGACCAGGCUUUUUACAGGAGUGAGGAUAUCCAACUAGAUUACAAAAACAACAUCCUGAAAGAGAGGGCUGAGCUGGCUCACAGCCCUCUGCCGGCUAAGAACAUCGACUUGGACAAAGAGUUCAGGAAGGAGUACUGCAAGUAAGGUGACUGGGGCUCCUGGCUGGCCAGCAGCUCCUGUCUAUCAGUGUCCAAGGACAUCCUCCUGACUGACCGUCAUGUAGCUCACCUGGCCCCCCUUCUGGCGGCUGGUCCCGCUCGUCCUGGAACUUUGGCCUGGUCAGGUGCAGAGCAAGACUGCCUCCAGACACCUCUCAGGAGCCACUCAUCCUCGAAGCAACAGUGGGCUCCUUGGGACCCUGCCAAGGGUUGGGGCUGCACCCUCUGUGCAGGUGCACCCUGCUGGCCCUUGCCCCUGGCUCCCCCCCACAACCUAGCCCUCAGGCUCUGCAGGCCUCUGCCCUGUGGGAGAACCCUGCCUCUGCAGGGGCAGGCCAGGAAGACACCCUAGGAGCUGGGGUCAUCCUCAGGACUGGCAUGCCCCUUCCUUUUCCCCUUCUUGUGGGGAGUUGCCUUACCCACCAGGCUGCCAUCCGCUCUGCAUGGGUCCUGAGGACUGGACACCCCAGGCCCUUGGUGCUGUGUCUGGCCACCUGGGGCUGCCCUGGGGCCCUCUCUCUGCUUCCCAGCCUGCUCUAGCCUCCUUUCAAAAUGCUGUCUUGACAGUCACUGGGCUCCUUGUGACUUUUGGCCCCUCCCUGGGCUGGAGUCUGGGGUUCAGUCAUUUUUUGGCUUGUUUUGUCUGAUGGGGGAGGGCUGAAGAUGGUUCUCGAGUGGCCUGUGUGGCCACUGCCAACACCCACAUUUGCUCCUCCUGGUAACUUGCUGCCUUCACAAUAAAGAUCAUCCCUGAUUUUAGACCGAGCGGCCCAGGUAUGCCUCUGCUGCUCCCUGUCCACCUCCGGGGCAGAGCUGGGCCGCGGAACCCCAAAGCUUUCCUUCACUUGAACUCCCACUGCCACUGCCCAGUUCUUGGAGUGGGGAUCGGGGUGCUGGUGUCCUUGGAAGAGCUGCGUCACAGCCAGUUUCUCAGCACUUACUUUCAAGUCCUCUCCUGAGGGUUUGUUUGGACGUGGGGGGAGGGACACACGUGGUGGACCUGGGGGCAGAGGCGGGCAGUGUUAGUUCGGUCCUCUGAGAAGCAGAUGCCAAGAUGGGACCGGAUGUGUGAGGAUGCAGGUGGAGGUAGCAGAAGGCAGGAGCACCUGCAGACAGGUGCCACCCCCCGAUGGAGGGGGUGGAAAGAGGAUGCCUCUUUGUCCCCAAUCCUGACCCUACCCUCCAGAGCCCUCCCAGGACAGCAGCGGGCAGGAAAAGGUGACUGUCACCCUAUGUUGGCAAACCCUGGUGUGAAGAGGCAGCAGCCACCCACACAGAUUGGCAUCCAAGCUCCAACUCUGGGGAAAUGAAAACCCUGGAGCCAUUUUCAUGAAGGCACAGUGUCAAUAAACUCAUAAAGGAA